CACAUUGGCCGCUGGACGCAAUGAACGCAUUUUGUAAAAUUUUGUCAAUUUUCAUAAUAUCAGCGACAUCAUCAUCUAUUAUUUGGGUGCUGGGCGAGUUCUGUGACAAUGGCACUGGCGAGUGCAAAGAACUGACAUCCACCAAUUGUCCCGAUAUAUUCCAUAAUCUGCAUUUAAUCGGUCCAAAUAAUGUCAAAUACUGCAAUGAAUUAGAAUAUAUUGUCUGCUGUCCUCUGACCCUAAAUGACCAGAAGACACAAAGGGAAACUCUGGAUACGAGAAAACUCUACGAAAAGGCAUGUCGUGGUUAUAAUGAUGUCAGAUCCUCAUGUCGGUCCACACCACUUAUUCUGGGAGGCACCAAGGCAAAGGGUCGCGAGUUUCCGUUCAUGGCACUGCUGGGGGAACGACAAUUUCGAAGCUCCAGCGUUAAUUGGAACUGUGGCGGCACUCUGAUACAUCCGAAGUUCGUGCUGACCGCCGCACAUUGUCUGGAGACGGCAGAGUUUAAGGAGCAGCGCCUGGAUCCCAAUUACGAUUCACCCAAAUUUGCUGUACGCCUGGGCGAAUUGGAUUACAAUUCGACCAUGGAUGAUGCACAGCCGCAGGACUUUCGGCUAGUCAACUACGUGCUGCAUCCGGCGUACGAGGAGGGCGAAGAUGGCAGUCGUUACAGUGAUAUUGCUGUCAUGGAGCUGGACAGGAAGGCCACCCUCACUGAGUAUGUGGCGCCAGCUUGCCUGCCACCCAGCAGCGGCAAUGAGCACUUUGAUCUGAUCGCAGCUGGCUGGGGUUAUACAAAGGACGCGGGCAACAAAUCAUCUCAUCUCCUUUCGGUAGGUCUUCAGCGCUACGGCAACGAUGUGUGCGUUGAGAGAAUUGGGAGCCGCAUAGAUCCUCGCACUCAAUUCUGUGCCGGAUCGGGAUCAAGCAGCACCAUUGCAGACACCUGCAACGGCGACUCGGGCGGACCAAUUUUUGUGCAGCAUCCGGCAUACAAUUGCCUCAAGCAAGUGAUUGGAAUCACUUCGUACGGAGCGAUCUGUGGCAAUUACAAGUUUCCGAGUGUCUACACCAAGGUGCAUCUCUACACGGAUUGGAUUGAGAACAUUGUCUGGGGUGAAUGAUUUAAUUCUAAUAAAAUAUGCCCCAAAAAACCAUUAAUUCAUUUUGGUAUAAAAUUAGAUUUUUGUUCUAAUUUAAGUGCAGUAUUUGAUGCACAGGGAAAAAUUUGAGAAAAGCCAGUUGAUCGUUUUGAAUAAAUUGUUGUUAGC